GUCUCUUCCUCCCCUUUCGUUCGACUGAUUGCCCUAUCAAGCAAUUCAGCAUAUUGCAGCUCCCUCGAUUAGUCGAAAACCUCAUUGUAAUUGUUGGUAACUCCAAGAACUCUGCCUAACUAUUCCUUUUUUUGUGUUUAUUUUUACUUUCGAGUUUCUUUAUUGAACCCCAAAAUGUGGAAAUUCAGAAGAGUUCUAUGUUUAUUCUUAUCACACGACUUUAAUCGUCUUCAUGGUAGUUCUAUAAAUCUAAGGAAAAACCAGGUAGCCAAAUUAGUUACUGGUAUCAAGCUUUGUCCCAUUGUUGAAAAUCUCUAUUACCCUUUCAGUUAUAGUGCUCAAAUUCCAUAUUUGAACUAUACUACCUCAACUCAAUCAAAUAUGAAUUUAAAUUUGACCAAAACUAACCAUAAAAAUGCAUGUGACAUUGAUGAAAACGAUGUGAUUGCUGAGGAAAACGAUGGGUUUAAUGGGGAAGAUGAUGAGAUUGAAAAUGGGCAAAUGGAUUCUAAAGAUGAGAAAUUUGGCCAUGAUUUAGGGGUCAUUUUGGGAAUACUGAGGGAGUUUGGAAGCAAGAAUAACCUAGCAGAAAGUGAGAAAUUAUGUGAUAAACCAAGUGUAAUUAAUGGAGCUGAAGUGAUUAAAAAGCUUAAUCAAUGUGGAGUUUCUGUCACUUCAGAGUUGGUGAUAGAGGUUCUUUCUAGAACUAGGAAUGAUUGGGAGGUGGCAUAUAUGUUCUUCCUUUGGGCUGGGAAGCUGCCGGAAUAUGAACAUUCAGUGAGAGAUUAUCAUUCAAUCAUAUCAAUUUUAGCAAAACGGAGGAAAUUUGAUACUGCUUGGUCUUUGAUUGAUGAGAUGAGAAGGGGUGGUAUUGUUAACCCUAAUACCCUCUUGAUUAUGAUUAGAAGGUAUUCUGCUGCUCAUGAUGUUGUGAAUGCUAUUAACACUUUCCAUGCUUAUAAAAGGUUUAAUUUUCAUGUUAGGGUAGAGGAAUUCCAGAAGCUUCUUUCGGCACUUACUCGAUAUAAGAAUGUGCAGGAAGCUGAGCAGUUGUUAUUUAGUAACAAAAAUAUUUAUCAAUUCAAUACUAAGAGCUUUAACAUCAUCUUGAACGGGUGGUGCAAUAUUGUUGGUAGUCCGCGUGAGGCUAAUAGAUUUUGGAGGUUGAUGAUUGGUCUUGGAGUGAAGGUUGAUGUUAUUUCUUUUUCAAGCAUUAUUUCAUGCUACUCAAAGUUAAAUAGACUGAAGGAGGUUCUUAAAUUGUUUGAACAAAUGAAAGGAAUGGGUAUUGAACCAGAUAGGAAGGCUUAUAAUGCUGUAUUGCACGCUCUUGCUAAGGAAGGUCGUGCAAAGGAAGUCUUACAGCUUUUGCAAACCAUGGAAGAUGAUGGGAUUUCUCCGAAUUCUGUCACUUAUAACUCAUUGAUUAAGCCGUUGUGUACAACCCGGAGAAGGGAGGAAGCAGAGUAUGUCUUUGAAAAGAUGCUCAGCCAUGGAUUGCAGCCCACUAUUCGAACGUUUCAUGCAUUCUUACGUAUUCAGAGAACAGGAGUAGAGGUCUUUAAAUUGUUGGAUAAAAUGAAGGAGUUGGGUUGUCAGCCAAAUAAAGAUACUUAUCUAUUAUCAAUAAGGAAAUUUUGCAGAUGGAAUCAGCUUGAUAAUGUGUUUAUCCUAUGGGAUAAGAUGACUGAGAAUGGUUUGAAUGAUGAUGCUGCUUCGUAUAUUACUUUGAUACAUGGGCUUUUUUUGAAUGGGAAGCUCGAAGAAGCACACAAAAUAUAUUCAGAGAUGAAAGAAAAGGCAUUACUUCCAGAUGCCAAAACAGAUGAAUUGAUCCAGACUUGGUUGUGCAAUAAGCAUUAGGCCAAGUCACUAGUGACAAAUUCAGAAGCUUGCUUGGCGGAUAGUGGUCAUGCCUCCAGCUAACCCGAAUUCCUUAGGAAAUAGUUUGGUGAAAGGAAGUGAUACCAGUUCCAGUGGCCACUUGAAGGUUCAGAGAAUUAGUAAUGGAAGGCUUCUGUUUAGAGAAUAUUGAGAAUGCAAGGAAUAUCAAUGCAACAAAGGAUUUACAUUUUGAUGGAGACGUGAUGAGUGAUGUUACCUGGAUGAUACUAAACCAGCUGUUCUAAGUAGAAUGUUCAAGAGAGAUGGAAUGAAGAUCAUAGAAAGAAUAUUGAAGAGUUUCUGGAAAUGAAAACAAAUGCAGCUCCUACAACACAGGACGGGGAAAUAGGAAGAUCAGUCCAAAAAGUGAAAGUUGUAAAGGAAAAUUGUUCGAUGGCAUUGAUUGAUAUACUUUGGAUGUUGAAGACUACAAUGGAAAAUUUUGAGUGUGAAUUGUAAGUGCAUAAUGAUGAUAAGCACUGCAAGGGAAUAUGAAGGAAAAUCAAACAUAGUUCAAAGCUCAAACAAAUAAGAUUCUCAUGAUAAACAGACCAAUUAGAAUGCAUCAUUUAAAUUUGGUGAAGAGGAUGCGGCAAAUAUUAUACUGUACAAUGGGACGGACAUUGUUGAGAGCUGUGGAACAAGCAAGAGGAGAAGACGAAGAUAAGCAAAACAAUCAGACUGAGAAAAUAUGGUUCACUGCAUUUGGUAUAUUUAUCGGGUUACAAGGUAAUUGCGAGUUCUAGUGUCCGUAGUCCUUACUUUUUUGGAGUAUAUCUAAUAUACUAUGGGUAUUGGAUAUAUUAGUUUGUAAUGAAGAUCAUUAAAUCAUGCUUGUGCAACAAUUAUUAGCAUGUGUAUGUAGCAUCAAUAGUGUUAUCCCUUUAUGAAUGUUCCAGCUUUACUCUAUAGUAUGAUAUUUUCCCUUUAUAGUCGUUUGCUUGAUUUCUGAGACUACAUAAAGUAUUUUUGUGAAUCUUUUUCACUAUUUCAUUCAAAGUAUAAUCUAAUAAUCUCAAUGUUAAGAGUAAAAUGGUAAUUAGCAAUGAAGAUACUCUACAAAGAACGAAAAAUAGAAUUGCUAAACUAAAGAAAAAUACACAACUUUAGAAGGUGGGGAAAAUCCUAAUAUCAAUGUGAUAUUAGGCUAAAAUCCUACCCAAAACAAUUGAAUCAAGCUUAUUGAUUGAGGGUUUCUUGAUUACAAUUAGACCUGGGAAAAUUUGAUCCGACCCGAAAAUGAACCCAGGACCCGACCCGACAAAACCCGAACCCGACCGACCCGAAAGUGACUUAAUCCGAAACAUGACCGACCCGAUAAUUACCCGACCGAAAAUGACCCGACCGGAAACCGACCCGUUUUGACAGAUUUAAUAUCAAUUUUUAGAGUAAUUUCAAUGUUAGAAUUCAUUUCAAAUAAAAUUUUAG